AGCUGCAUCAUCCUCGAAAUCAUUGCCAUCUUGGGUCUUUCCCGUAUUUUCACGGGUCGGGUCGGGUCGGAAAUGGAACCCGCUUCUGCUGAUUGUUCUUCUAGUUUGGAUUUUGGCUGUUUUUGACUUUGAUCACAACCCCAAUUUCCUUGAACUCAAAAAAGCUAUUCUCCUGCCGAUUCGUUCUCAAAACCAAGAAAGGGUGUUGUUGUAGACAUCAGAUUAUCAUGCGUGCACCAUCAUUGCUUUCACAGUGCUUGCCGGGCUUGGUGCCUCAUGACAAAGCAAGUCACAGCUUGUCCUCUAUUUCGGAUAGAGAAUCACAUCUCCCUUCACCAGCUGUCGAGAUUAUCCCAUCCAAGUCUUCUCAACCAUACAAAUAUGCUGGUGAGAAUAAUGAAUUACAAGGACUCAAUGCUUUAAAGGGAAGAGUUUGUGUUGCUGAUAUCAUUGGCUUUAAUAGUUCAGAAAUGAUAUCUUCAAAACCAGAUGGGUAUCUAAAAUCUUGGGAUAGUUCUAUUGAUCUUGUUAAUGUCUUGAAACAUGAGAUUCGAGAUGGACAACUGAGCUUUAGAGGAAAAAGGGUACUAGAGCUGGGUUGCAGUUAUGGCCUACCAGGAAUUUUUGCUUGUUUGAAGGGAGCGGGCACAGUGCAUUUUCAAGACCUCAAUGCAGAAAGCAUAAGAUGCACAACGAUCCCAAAUGUUCUUGCCAAUCUAGAGCAAGCUCGAGAUAGGCAGAGCCGACAGCCCGAGAGCCCCCUGACUCCAUCAAGACACACUGUGACACAGUCGGUGCACUUCUAUGCUGGUGACUGGGAAGAGCUUCCCACUGUCUUGUCUGUUGUGAGGAAUGAUGGAUUUGAAAUGACAGCAGGAAUGAACCUUAGCUUCUCUGAGGAGGACUUUAUGGAGGGUUGUAGCAGCCAAGAUGGAAGCAUUUUGGGACAAGAAUCUUCCUCGAGACGAUCGAGGAAGCUUUCAGGAAGCCGAGCCUGGGAGAGGGCGAGCGAGACUGAACAAGGCGGUGGAUAUGAUAUUAUCUUGAUGACCGAGAUCCCAUAUUCAUUAACCUCAUUGAAAAAGCUUUAUACACUCAUAAAAAAGUGUUCGAGACCGCCAUAUGGUGUGGUAUAUUUGGCCACAAAAAGGAAUUAUGUCGGCUUUAACGGCGGCGGUCGGCAUCUGAAAAGCCUGGUAGAUGAAGAGGGAAUUUUCGGUGCUCAUCUAGUGAAGGAGAUGGCGGACAGAGAUGUAUGGAAAUUUUUUGUCAAGUAAACUUACAACAAUACAGAAGAUCUGUAAAGAAAUCAAAAAUCAACUAUUAUAACUCCGUGCGGAAUUUGUUGUUUAACAUAAUUUCUUCCUGUAUAAAACAAAGUCCUACUUAUGCUGGGUUUAACGAUAAAAGUCAGUCAAAAGAUUAUAUAAUAGUAAAUGGGUGUGAUCCAUUUUUUGUUGGCAUUUAUUGAUUAUUAUACCGUAAAUUAAAUUA